CGGGAAUGACCCAUUGUACUUGCAUCUCGCUACUGUUUUACACCCCCAAUCGCUCGCGACAACUAUUGUUGAAAGUCAAUUCAAUUACUGACUCAUAAUUUUCAUAACCAUGCUACGGGGUUCCUUUGUUUUUGCGAGCAAGGCGACCUUUUCAACCAGCCGAUAUCUUCCGGAACGAACGACAACCAUGGGUUGUGACAUCUUCUGGAAGAAUGAGUAUGAUUGAUUCAACUUUGGAAUCAACGGCCAGAAACAAGUUGCGAGAAGUUGGACACGCACUCUCACUCUGAAUAUCUUUUUUUUAAUUUGACGAGCGCGAUUCUCGAUAGAGAACUAUUGACAAGCGAUUGUGUCAUAAAUUCACAAAUCGAAAGAAAAGUUUAUCAAAAAUGAAGUUCUCUACUGCCGUCCUCACCCUUGCCUGCGCCUCGUCCGCCAUGGCCUUUGCCCCUGUGGUCAACCAGCCUAAGAGCUCUGCCUUGAACGCUGUCCUCGGAAAGGUCACUGGUCAAUCCAGUUUGGACCCUGCCGUUAUUGCCAAGUACGACUCCCUCGCCUUCCCGCCUGAGAGCAUCAUGGCUGAAUACGUCUGGGUUGAUGCCGUUGGAAACACCCGUUCCAAGACCCGCACUUUGCCUGCCGCCAAGGCCGAAUCCGUCGACAAGCUCCCCAAGUGGAACUUCGACGGUUCGUCGACCGACCAGGCUCCAGGUGACGAUUCCGAAGUCAUCUUGAAGCCCCAGCGUAUCUUCAAGGAUCCUUUCCGCCCCCGAAGUGACGGAGUUGACAACAUCUUGGUCAUGUGCGACACCUACACUCCUGCCGGAGAGCCCCUCGAAUCCAACACCCGUGCUUUCGGUAAGUUUUCAUAUUUUACUUCACAUUUCUGCUGUUGUCUGUUUGGAGGCGAGCGACGACUGUGAAAAUGAAUGGGUUGUCUCACAUCACAUUUUUCUCUGUUGGAAACUUGUCCCAUCCGUCCUUGUUUUUUCGGUGUUGUUUUUGAAUUAAUUCAACUCUAAUUUUUGUCGAAUUCCAGCCGAGGAGUUCUUCAGCGGAAACGAAGACCAAGAAGUCUGGUUCGGCUUGGAACAAGAAUUCACUCUCUUCAACUUGGACGAGCGCACUCCUCUCGGAUGGCCCGAGGGUGGCAUGCCCAGCCGUCCUCAAGGUCCUUACUACUGCUCCGUAGGACCCGAGAACAACUUCGGACGUGCCAUCACCGACGCUUUGUACAAGGCCUGCAUGUACGCCGGAAUCAACAUCUCCGGAGUCAACGGUGAAGUCAUGCCUGGACAACAGGAAUACCAGGUUGGACCUUGCGUCGGAAUCGAUGCCGGUGACCAGCUCAUGAUGUCGCGAUACAUCUUGAUGCGUGUCUGCGAAGACUUCCAGGUCUACUGCACACUCCACCCCAAGCCUAUUGUCGAGGGAGACUGGAACGGAGCCGGUAUGCACACCAACGUUUCCACCAAGUCUAUGCGUGAAGAAGGUGGACUCGAGAUCAUCAAGCAAGCCAUCUACAAGCUCGGAGAAAAGCACCAAGAGCACAUUGCCAUCUACGGAGAAGGAAACGAACUUCGUUUGACCGGAAAGUUCGAAACCGCCUCCAUCGAAGAUUUCUCCUUCGGAAUUGCCAACCGUGGAGCUUCCGUCCGUAUCGGACGUGAUACACAGGCUGAGGGAAAAGGAUACUUCGAAGAUCGUCGACCAUCCUCCAACGCCGAUCCUUACCUCGUCACCGGAAAGAUCAUGUCCACCAUUAUGGGACCUGAGGCACCUGAAAUUGCUCCUUUGAACAAGGAAGAAGCCUAAACACUGGGCUUGAUUUCCCUUGUCGGCAGUUUUGAUAAGCACAGUCUACUGUAUUUUUAAUUUUAAAUCUAGAAGCAAUCAAUAAUGAAGCUACCC